UUUCUCAUGAGUUCUGUAAAUGUAGACGACUUGUUAAAGGGGGAUAAACCCCUUGGUGGUCCACAUUAUCUUGCAGACUACAUGACUAACCCUAAUAAUCCUGUUGUUUUUUUUGACAUUCAGGUAGGAUCGCAUCCUAUAGGUCGUUUGAAAAUUGAAUUAUUUGCUGACAAGGUUCCGCGUACAGCUGAGAACUUCCGUCAAUUUUGCACGGGCGAAUUUAAACACAAUUCUUGUUCAGUGGGUUACAAAGGCAGCGUUUUUCACAAGGUUGUUGCAGAUUGCAUGGUUCAGGGUGGUGACUUUGUUAAGGGUGACGGCACCGGAAGCCUAAGUAUAUAUGGUCACAGUUUUGCGGAUGAAAACUUCACCAUGAAACAUACACGUUGUGGCAUUUUAAGCAUGUCUAAUACAGGUAUCAACAGCAACGGAUGCCAGUUUAAUAUUGUUACUAAAGCCUGCGAUUGGAUGGAUGGCAAGAAUGUUGUUUUCGGUUGUCUCAUAGACGACGAUUCAAUUCUGGUUCUCCGUAAGAUGGAGAGCGUUACUGUUGGUGACAACUAUCGCCCUAAAUUGCCCAUAACAAUUACACAAUGCGGUCAACUUUAAU